AUGAGCAAUAUCCGUUGGGUGCCUAAUAGUGAGGCUUCAUUUUCACAAGUUAAUGUAAAUACCCUCGACGAGCAUCUCUUGAUUGACGAAAUACAGACGUAUAACCUAGUGCAGUAUAGCGGCAUUCAUAAUGAGUACGAUAGAAUCUUGGACCUCAUAUUAUCAAAUGAAGUCAUAACCCUAUCAGAGUGUGAAGAUCCCUUAGUACGCGCGGAACCGAAUCACGGUGCACUUAUUGUAAAUGUCGAAACUAUUGUAAUCCAGACCCUUAAAUCACAGUCAUUCACCAAAUACCUAUAUGACAAGGGGGAUUUUAUUAGCAUUAGUGAAAAGAUUGAUGAAAUAAAUUGGCAUAGUGAGUUUAUCAAACGGCUGAUCUGUGCUUGA